AUGGAACUGCUAGAGGAUCGUUCUAGUGUGUUAAUUCCGUCGCUGACCUCUCGGUCCCAGUUGUCUCAACUGACCGAGAGCGAGGCCGACCUGCCAACUGGGAUCAGGUCGGAGCCGGUCGGCUUCAAUGCCAGAAUUCCGACCGAGAAUGGAGCGGUGAGCCAAAGCACGCCGCUUCUGACGGAGCAGUUUCUCAGAUCGGAGUUCAACCAGGAGGAUACCAUGUACUUACAGGGCCUGCUUAAUGAACAGCACGAAACAUGGUAUCCCAAAUUCGCCAGCGAAAAGAAAUGGGUCGGCGAAAAAAUUCGCGACAACUGCGCCCAAACUGAUGCAAAUGAAAUCUACCCGAUGAAAGAUCUCAUGCAACUUGCUGAAACACUCAAAGCCAAAAUGGCCGAAGUCGAGAAGAAGCAGGGUCUUUCAUGGGAAACCGUCGACGCUAUUUAUCACAAAAAUAUUACCGAAAAGAACUCGACAGACAAUACAAAGAAGCGAAUUCUAGCGACGCGGGAAGGAUCAAAAAGUCAACUCAACGAUGCUAUUGCUAAAAUCAAAUCACAGUACAAAGAAUAUUAUGACAUGGAGCUGAAGAAAAUCUUCAACAAGGCAAAUCAAAACCGAACUCUACCGAAUUUCGAUUCUCUACCACCGGUAGAUUCCGGCGAUACGAGCAGCGAAUUAUUGAUUCAAAUACAGCAGUUGACCGCAGAAAAUGAUUACUUGAAGGAAGAACUUGAAAAGAACAAAACGCCCAAAGUAAUCGUCGACAAUACAGCGCUUGAUGCAGCGAAAGCGGAAUUAUCCAAAACGAAAAAGAAGCUGGAACGCGUCAGUAACGAGAAUCAAACUUUAGCGAUCGACCUUGAAAAGGAGAAGAAGAAAUUCGCUGCUGCAGAUGAAAAUGUCAAGAAACUAGAGACCAGAGUGAAGGACGAAGUGAUGAAGAGCAGUCAGCUUCAAAUCGCGCUGAAUGAAGCAAAUAUGCGAAUGCAACAGGCCCAAGCGACUCACCAGAAAGAAAUGAAGCAGCUUGAAUCGGAUCUGACAAAGCACGCGAAUCAGCAACUUGAAGCUCUUCAGAAGAAGAUGGACGAGGCGGUCAACAAUGCGCAGAGCUCGAUGGGCAGCGAAAUUCAAAAGAAAGAUCAAGAAAUCGCAACGCUCAAGGCUUCGAUCGAAACUCUUCAAGCAAAGCUCGAAGAAGCUAAAAAAGCUCCGCCUCCACCACCACCUCGCAAAAAAUCCAUCGCUCCCGUUCGACGAGAGUCUGUAGCAAAAACGCCAGAAAAGAAUGCAAAACGCGAAAAGCGUGAGGCUGUUGACGCUGAUGGCGACAUGCAAGCAGAGCUCGAGAAACUCAGAAAAGAGCACGCUAAAGUGAACAAGAACUGGGAGCGGCGAUUUGAGAUUUUGAGAGCGAGCUUGCACGAGAUCAAGGAUGAGGCGUUUAUAAGAAGGAAGAUCGAGCAACAACCGCUGACGCUGCACAAAGCUUCGAUAAGAAUUAAAGAAAGAGUUGUUUCGCCGAUCGCAAAUUCGGAGAUUCCAGCAGUCAAGUCUGAAGGUCUUCCACCGUUGAAGCCAUCAGCUGGGAGAGAAUCCGUAGCGCGAAUGGUCCACGCUGAAAACGACGAAUUCUUCAACUCCGACGAUGAUCCAGCUGAAUCAGACGACGAGGACUUCAAGCCAUUCCGACGAUGA